AUGGCGACUCCUACACAAGCUCGCGCGGUUUCGACACCGAAGCCGCACCUCCCAAACACUCCUAGCGGGAUGCUAGCCUCCCCACGACCUGGAACUUCAGGCAAGAAGCUGGCAUACAAGUCACCCGCCGCAGCGAUGAAGACGCCAGCCUCUAUGCACCUUCAUGGCCUCAGCGUGUCUUCGCAGCCGUCGUCGACUCCCCUCGGCGCCGCUGCAAUCCACGACGAGUUGCUCAACCUCAACUCUCCUGCUGCGGCACUGAUCAACUCGAUUGCGCAGAAUAAUCUCACACCCGUCCCGAUGGGGCCACAGGAUGGGCUUGGGAUGACGGGACAUACGCCACUGACUGUCAGAGAUGAGCCACGCAGCCCAGAGACCGAGCGCCUGCAUCGACUACAGCAAGCGCUCGACAAGCUCAAAUGCAAGGUGAUCGGGCGGAAUGUCACACGAGAUGGGAUCAAGAGAGUCGCGCAACUGAACGGUCUCGAGGCCGUGGACAUCGACGACGAUAAUCUCGUGGUCGCUGGAGAGAACGUAGUCGAAAUGGAGAUCACUUUCGAUCCGGUGCAGCGAAACGAUGUUAAAGAUCUAUGCCUGAAGCUGAACUACGAUGACCAGACUCAUGUGCAGACCGAGAGUACAGCGAUGCUAAAAGCACAGGUCGCUGCAGAUGCUUCAGUGGAUGCUCUGACUAAUUUUGCGCACAACGUGGAGUAUUUGGCUCAGCUGGAGAAGAUCGAUGUCAAGCCAAACUGCUUCCAGCUGGUCAACAAUCUGUCGGCAUGUCUGCAGGAUGUUUGGAAGGAGGAGAAGAAGCGCAUGCAUUGGCGUGACGAAUUACACCAUUUGCGAAGAGGAGCUGUUGGCAUGCCGAUCAUGGACCGCUCACCAAGACUGGGCCUGGGCAUAACGUAUUGGCAGAAGGAGCAGGCAUCCAGAGCUGAGCAGUUGGAAGUGUCCGAGAGUGAUCAGUAUCGCGCAACGGUAAGCUGCGAGUCUGGCCUCCCCACGAUGAUCGCCUUCGAGAAGUGGCUAAAAGACGACAUCUUGGCGGAAGCGCAACCGGGCCAAAAUGUAUUGGAUGCUAAAGACCACGUCUUCUACCCAAUUGGCGCGAUUCCUUGGCCGGCCUGGCCAUCACAGCUGAGGAAGCAAAAGACGAGGCAUCCAUGGAAGUGGACCAAAAAGGCUCCAACAUACCGAAGCCGCUAA